AGGUGAUUGAUCAUGAUUCAUUCUAAUUUGUACUUCCCUAAAUGCAUUGAAUAAAUUAAAUUUUGAUUUGUUGAAAGUUUGAAACUCUAUUUUCAGGAUCCACCAUGUUCUUGAAAUCUAUUGAUGCUUCCUCACAUGUGAAAAAUGCCACAUACUUAUGUGAGACUAUAGAGGAAGUCAUACAAGAGGUGGGGGAAGAAAAUGUGGUGCAGGUGGUGACAGAUAAUGCAGCAAGUUAUGUUGCUGCAGGUAAACUUUUGAUGGAGAGGCACCCAAAAAUUUUUUGGUCUCCUUGUGCGGCCCAUUGCCUUGACCUCAUGUUGGAGGAUAUCGGUAAGCUUGAAUGGGUGAAAUCAAUAGUUGAAAGGGCCAAAAAUAUCAGCAAGUUUAUCUACAAUCAUGCAUUGGUCCUUAGCAUUAUGAGGCAAUACACGGGGCAAAAGGAGUUGGCUCGUCCUGGUAUCACGAGGUUUGCCUCAAACUUCCUCACACUGAAAUCCUUGAUAAAAUCAAAGGCGGCUUUGAGGCGUAUGUUUGUUGGUGAGGAGUGGACUUCCUCAUCCUAUGCUACGACCACUGUAGGGAUAGAUGUGGUAAAUUGCAUUUUUGAUGAGCCAGGUUUUUGGACCCCCUGUGGAGAAACCGUGCAGGUCACUGAGCCCCUCGUAGUUCUCCUACGAGUUGUUGAUGGGGAGAAGCCCUCUAUGGGCUAUAUAUAUGAGGGUAUGGAUAGGGCCAAGGAGGCCAUUAGGUCCAUAUAUGCAGGAGAUGAGGAUAAGUAUGGCCCCAUUUGGGAGAUUAUUGAUAGGAGAUGGCAGAACCAGCUUCACAGGCCCAUCCAUGCAGCAGCCUAUUACCUCAAUCCGGCAUUUCGAUUCCGUGAUGACUUCAAGGCAGAUGAGGAGGUUCUUAGUGGCCUGUAUACAGUGGUUCAAAAGUUGUGUACUGAUGGCACAGCCUCAAGUACAACGCUCCAGCUGGAUAAAUAUAAUAAUCGAGAAGGGGCAAUCUUCUCAAGCAGCAUGUGCAUAGAGGCUCGAACACAACUACAGCCAGAGGAGGAGCAUAGAGCACGAUCCGGCACAGGCACCUCACGGGCAGAGACUAUGGCUUCUCAGUCAUCCAGAACCUACCUUAGACGCAUUUGUAGGAGGCAGACAGGCUACUCUGAGGCUGAGGAUGAGCUAGAGCCUGAGCCAUAG